AUGUCUGGGUCAUCUGUUAGCACGGAUGCGUAUCGCAAAACAAAUAUUACUGAUCUAUUCUCUUUAAAGGGGAAAACGGUAGUAAUAACCGGGGGUGCUCGGGGGCUCGGCCUGACCUUCGCCUGGGCUUGCGCAGAGGUUGGGGCUAAUAUUGCUGCCUUGGAUUUACUCGACGAGCCUCAUGAGGAUUUUGCUCUGUUGCAUAACGAGUUAGGGGUCGAGGCCAAGUUCUAUCGAACAGACGUCACAAACCUCCAACUGCUCACGCAAACAUUUGCAGAAGUGGUGAGGGAUUUCGGUCAUAUCCACUAUUGUGUGACUGCAGCAGGAAUUGCAAAGGAAAUGCCCUUCCUUGAUCAAACCCCGGAUGAUCUAACUUCAGUGCUGAAUGUCAACGUUCUGGGAACGUAUUUCACUGCGCAGCUAGCUGCUAAACAAAUGGUCGCACAAGGAGAUGGCGGGAGUAUCCUCCUUGUCUCUUCUAUCGGAGCUCAUUGCUCGGUACCAGGGAAAUCAGUGUCUGGUUAUUGUGCUUCCAAAGGCGCUGUGCUGUCUAUGUGCCGCGCAAUCGCUGAUGACCUUGUUCCUUACAAUAUCAGAGUUAAUACCAUCAGCCCUGGGUUCAUGCUGACUGACAUGGCAAUACGGGAUAUCGACAAGCGGCCCAAUAUCUUAGAAGAACUUCGUGUUAAUGUGCCAAUGAAACGUCUGGGGGAUCGUCGAGAUCUCAAAGGUGCUGUUGUGUUACUUUUAUCCAAUGCAUCGGCAUACACUACGGGAUCUGAUCUUAUUAUUGACGGAGGUCUUGUCUCUCAUUGA